AGUAGCCUGCACAUGGCAUUUCUGUCAUCUUCACAGAGUGAACAUGUGUCCGUCCCAAAUGUGCUGAGCUGUGGGCACUUUGCCUUCUGCCUUUUUAUGGAACGUAAACAGUGAUGGAGGCCGAGGCUGCGUACGACUGCUGGAGUCGUUUUCUACACGUAUCCUGAAUAUUAGGGACAGCUGAGAGGAGGAGGGGUUAAGACAGCCAUGCCGGUACUGGAGGUGAUCUGCAGCCUGAUUGGCUGGUUCUGUCUCUACCAGUUGUUCUGCUGUACCUUCACUCAGCGGGGGCCCGAGUGGAACUGCCGGCUGGUCACUUUGUCCCAUGGUGUCCUCAUAGUGCUGCUGACAGCAUACGUGCUGUUCAUAGACGGACCCUGGCCUUUCACACAUGCAGGAACAGAAAACACUGAGCUCCAGACCUUCUCCCUGUGUGUCUGCCUCGGCUACUUCUUCUUCGAUAUGGCCUGGUGUGUGUGCUACCACACCGAGGGCCCCGUCAUGCUGGCACACCACGCUGCGAGCAUCGUGGGCAUCCUCCUCGCUCUGUUCAUGGGGGUGUCAGGCUGCGAGACCUGCGGGGUCAUCUUUGGCAGCGAGAUCACCAACCCCCUGCUGCAGACCCGCUGGUUCCUGCGGCAGCUGGGCCUGUACGACAGCCUGCUGGGCGACGCCGUGGACUUGCUUUUUAUCUUACUGUUCGCCACUGUGCGCGUGGGAGUCGGCACAGUCAUGUUUUACUGUGAGCUAACCUCUCCCAGGACCACACUGAUCAUGAAGCUCGGUGGCGUGGUCAUGUACGGACUCGCCUGGGUGUUCAUGGUGGACAUCGCCAGGUUUGGCUACAAGAAAAGUAGAGCUAAGUAUAAAAGGUGGCGAGAGAACCACAAGCUGAAGGAAAUCAGCUCAGAAAAACUGGACGGACAUUCAGACAAAAGUGACUGAAGGGAAAGAGAGACAAAGGCUUUUAAAAUGUGUGUGCUGCCUCCAAGCUUCUGUAGGUCUAAAGAUGCUGUGGCAUCAGUACAUCAGUUAUACAUAUUGAAUUAUAUGUACAACAACCCUGAUUCCAAGAAGGUUUGGAGAAAUCAUAAAUCCUUUUUAGAAGGAGCAGAUGUUACCUUAAGCUAGCUCGGGCCAUGUUAAAGUUAACAGUAUUUUACUGGAGCAAGGUGAGCUAAUUGUUAGCUUGCUUGGUUGCUUUGAGAUGGUUGUCAGGGAUGGCAGAGGUAUGAUCACAUAAUCCUGUUUGAGCUAUAACAGGUGGGGUGUUCCACGUUUUAUUUCCCAAUCACUCUUGGAAAGAAGAAUAGAGAACUGUAAACAAACUGUCACCAUUGGAAAUCACCGGUUUCGGUUCAACACCGGAAGCUGCACACAUAAUUCACGCAAGGCAUCAUGGGGACUAGGGAUAAUUUUCAUGUAGCUACCAUAUUUUUAACUUAACCUCAGUCCACCAAACCUGUGUUCACUUUUAUUUUACAAUAAAAAUGUUUUCAGCUGCACCUCAAUGAUCUGCUACAAACUGUGUGAUGUAUAAAAGGAGUGAGAAAGUUCAUAUGUCAAAAUAAAGCUUUGGUGGAAAAAAAUGUUUUGUAUUAAAAUAAUAGAAGUGACCAAAUGUCGCAGUUUGUUACUUAAUUUAGUUACUGUAUUCAAUCCCACAUAUACCAGCUUUCUGCAGUAAAUACACUAGACCUGUGGUUCCCAACUUUUUUUGGCUUGUUACCUUUUGAAACAAUUCAACUCAAAGACCCUCAUCAAAGUUUACAUGUCUGUAAUUAAAUCAAAGAGGGAUUGUCACCUUCUACUGUUGUUUAACUUCACUUUUAGCGGCCUGGGGCCUCAUCACGGAAAAAUAUCUUUACUC